CUGAGCUCUUCCAGUCUCUGACUAAUUCUCGUCAUUAUCAUGGAGCCCAACAGUCCCAAAAAGAUACAAUUUGCUGUGCCUUUAUUCCAGAGUCAGAUUGCACCUGAAGCGGCAGAGCAGAUCAGAAAAAGAAGACCUACACCAGCAUCCCUUGUGAUUCUCAAUGAACAUAAUCCUCCAGAAAUAGAUGACAAGAAGGUGACCAACACCCAAGCCGAAUCACAAAAUGCAUCCCCAAAGCAAAGGAAGCAGAGCGUGUACACACCACCAGCCAUGAAAGGGGUUAAGCAUCUGAAAGGCCAGAGUGAAUCAGCAUUCCCUGAAGAAGAAGAAGGUGUAAACGAAAGAGAGGAGCAGUGGGAACAUUAAUUACGGGUCUGCAGCAAGAAGGCUUCUUGGGAAUAACUGAACUAUUAACUUUUCUGACUAUCCCAUGGAAGGCCACUCCUUGACCUCCAGAAGCAUUCUCCACCUCUGCUCUCCACACUCAUACAAUAGUAAUACACCUCCUGGGAAGCUCUCCCUUGACUGAAUUUAGAACUAAGUACAGAUUGUUCGAUAUUACAAUUAAAGA